AUGUUAUACCUACAGGUUAUUGGAGAUCAUGAACUAUGUAUUCAAUUUAAUGGUAAAUCUGUCAGAUUAGCGUUUCUAUACGGGUUGCAUCGUCAUUCUCAGAGGUUUAAAUUCAAUAAAGAGAUAUCAGAAGAAAGAAAAAAUAUUUGGUGGUGUACUUACUGUUUUGAUAUAUUAAUUAGCUGUAACAAUGGACUUCCAAGGUUGAUUAAUGAUGAAGAUGUUGAUACUGAUUUACCGUUAAAGAUAAAUGGCUUCAAACCAAGCGGGGACAAGAAAGAAAGGGAAGCAAUUCUACCCUUACCAGGAGAAGAGUCAAAUUCUUCACUAUUCAUUUCAAUUAUCAAGUUAUGCCGGAUAUUAAGUUUAAUCAUGAAGAAUCUUUAUACAACUACCCAAAGAAGGAAUGGUGAUAUUAAGAUGAAACAAUUAAGGGAGCGUUUAAAUAAUUGGAAAUCUGAAUACUAUGAGAUCUUUGAGUGUAUGGAUAAUAAUGAAACCCACUUUCAUGGUAAAUAUUAUCUCCAGUUGCUUUAUUACACAUGCAUGAUUCAUUUAUAUCGCCCAGGUCUAACAUAUCCCAAAGCCUCACUUUCAUUUGAAAAUUGCUUGGGAGAAAGUUUAAAAAUCAGUGAAGAUUUUAUUACAUUAUUUGCAAAUCAUAGUAAGAAAUUUCCUGAAAUUAAUUUUAUUUAUCCAUGUGGCUUUCAUUUACUAUUCCAGUCUGGGUUGUUGAUACUAUGGAAUCAAAUACUUGUCGUGAUAGAUGAUUGCGUAAAGUAUACGGUAGGCAUAGAUGAUGUUCAGAAAUAUAUACUAAUUUGUUCAGACUGUUUGAAGCUACGCGAAGAUGAUGCUUUAUUUAAAUAUAGAUCAAACAUUGCUAAUAAGUGUGGUAAUACAAUACAAAUGCUUAAUAAAUAUAUCUUGAGCUAUUAUCAUACCUUGGGAACAUCUUUGUUGGACGAGAAUGAAGGAGACAAAUUUAAAAACAUUAAUAAUUUGUUGAAUGAUUCGUGGAAUGAAAACCUUGAAUUAAUUAACUUUUUUGAAUUAUCCCCCAGCUUUUUAAAUAACUCUAUGAAUUAUAAUCUUGAUGAAAACAUUUAUUGA